AUGAGCCACAAGGCGGCGCUUGUAAGGGAAGCACAAAUUGAGGAGGCGCGGCAGAAGGCCAAGUGUGGCUGUACUUCUGUUGCUGGCCAGCCCAACACUCUCAAAAAGGAACUAUGGACUGCGAAGAGCAAGCUUGAGGCAGACAAAGGAGAGGCCUCUGUGCUGAAGGAACAGUUGACAGAGACGCAGCAGCGCAAGCAAGAGUACUACAAUGAGGCGUGCAAGAUGCACAUCAAAUGGGCGCGACUGGCCAUCAAACCCGCGGAUCCAAAGCUGCACAAGGAAUUUGGAGCGCCGUGGCCUGAUCAUCUGGGCGAGUUGGACAUGGACGCAGUAAAGAGGCUGAAUGAGGGGCACAAGGAGUGAGAAAAGGCAAAGAGGGUGCCAAGGCAUAUCUUGGAGGGCAGCCCCAUCCAGCAAAAAAUUUGGCUGGCGGGGUUCAAAGGGCAAGGCACAAGGGAGUGACCAAGGCGCAUCCUGGAGGAGAAUGGAGCGCUGCGAUUCAAGGUGCAUUGCUGGGGACACCCAGAAAUGGCCAUGGAGAUAUUGCAAGGCUCAAUGGAAGGGGUAGAGCUGACUCCAGAGAUGGAGGCGGAGCUGAAUUGACCAAAGGGCUGGUACACCAACAAGUGCGACAUGCGUCUCUACUGGCCUGGGCCUGGCGCUAG